AUGUCCCGCGCGCUGGGUGACUUGCAGUACAAGAACCCGGUGAACACCGUAGAGGAUGAUAGCUCGAUACCUCGAACACGGCGCGCCUCUUCGUCAUCGGCGUCGGCUCGUGGUGAUUUCCUGUCCAACGAGCCCUACACCUCACUGCGUAAACUGCAGUCAACCCAUCGGUACCUGCUCGUUAUCGUAUCGGAUGGGGUGAGCGACCGCACCGACGAUCCGGCCUUGAUUCAGCACGUGAUGAAGCUGUCGAUGCGGGGUAUACGAGCCGAUGAUAUUGCACAGGAGGUGACCAGUAGCAUUGCCAGUCGCCCAAAGAGCGAUAAUGCUUCGUGUGUUAUUGUGAUGUUGGAUGGGCAGCAGUCGUGA